GGCGUCGGGGAGAAGCCGGCUGAGGAUGGAUACGGGCAGGUUGGUUGCGGUGGAUAUUGGAUGUGAGUGCUGAGCGGUUACCGGCGCAGGCAGCAGGUUGGGGACCGGGAGGAGCCGGGCAUGCAGUAGAAUGGUCGCAGGUGGCUGGGAGCCGCAGGAGAAGUGAUGAGAAGCUGCGCUGGGACUGUGCUCGGAUGCUGUAGUGCUCAGCCAGGAUAGCCGGCGGCAGGAAGGGGUCCUGUCCCUGCUGCAUCCUAUGGAGACUGUCAAUCCCGAGCCCAGGCUGCUGCAGAGCCUCGCUGACAAGAAGCGGCUCAACAGGGCGCCUUCCCCGGCCAGACCCUUCUUGAAAGACUCGCACCCCAGGGCGCCCCCUGCUAAACCCUCCGUGCUGCCCCCCAAGUCUCCCAGCCCCGGCAUCAGACGCCAGUCCUCCGGGCUCCUCGUCACCCAGAACCGCCUGUCCAGGCGCAGCGUUCCGGCCAAAGACAAACCAAACCCCGCGAAAGCCGCCAGUGCCAAGGCUUCCCUGAGCAGCAAGAGGGCGUCCAGGCCGAGCCAUGGAGCGGUGGAGCCGGGCAGCAGGAGGGAGCCGCUCUGUGCCCCUUCCUCCCCUCUGACUGCGGCAGGUGCCGGGCGCAGGAGGGCGCACAAGCUGGAGCCCCCCUCCCCAGGAGCCAGGGUCAGCCACACUGACAGCAGCUCCGACCUGUCCGACUGCCCCUCCGAGCCCCUCUCUGAUGAACAGCGCCCCCUAGCGGCUCACAGCAGUGACAACGAGUCCGGCUGCAGCGAGCGGCUGGUGGCAUCCUUGCCAGAGAGAGUCCUUACUGCGGAAGCCAAACAGGAUGGCCCCAGGAAUGAAGAGCCCAAGGGAGCUAGGAGCACCCCAAGUAAAAACCCUGCACCCCCAAAUCCAGGACAAGACGAGGAGCUGCUCAGGGAGCUGGAGGAGCUGCGCUCUGAGAAUGACUAUCUCAAGGAUGAACUGGAUGAGCUGCGAGCUGAAAUGGAGGAGAUGCAUGACAGCUAUCUAGAGGAAGAUGUUUACCAAUUGCAGGAGCUCCGAAGGGAGCUUGACCGAGCCAAUAAGAACUGCCGUAUUUUGCAAUACCGCCUCAGGAAAGCAGAGCAAAAAAGCUUAAAAGUUGCACAGACAGGCCAAGUGGAUGGAGAGCUCAUCAGGAGUCUGGAGCAAGACUUAAAGGUAGCCAAAGAUGUAUCUGUCAGAUUGCACCAUGAGCUGGAAAAUGUGGAAGAGAAGCGAAUUAAAGCAGAAGAUGAAAAUGAAAUGUUGCGUCAGCAAAUCAUUGAAAUGGAGGUGGCCAAACAGGCAUUACACAACGAGCUGGAAAGAGCAAAAGAGACCACUCUGAAACGAAGAGGAAGUCGAGAGAUGCACAAAGAUAAAAAGACCUCCAGUCAGGAAGACAGAGCCGAUUUAAAGUGCCAGUUACAGUUCGCAAAGGAAGAAGCAGCAUUGAUGAGAAAGAAAAUGGCAAAACUUGGAAAAGAGAAAGAUGAAUUCGAACAAGAACUAGAGAAAUACAAGUCCAUUUACGGAGAUGUUGAAAGUCCUCUUCCAACAGGGGAAACUGGAGGUCCACCCAGCACAAGAGAGGCUGAACUAAAACUACGUCUAAAGUUGGUGGAAGAGGAAGCAAAUAUCCUUGGCAGAAAAUUAGUUGAGCUGGAGGUGGAAAAUAGGGGCAUUAAAGCAGAAAUGGAAGACCUCAGGUGUCAGUAUGAAAAAGAAUUUCUUAGCAGGGAGUAUGUUUCAAGCAUUCCUACCUCACCAUAUGGUGAUUCCAUGGAAUCCGCCACAGAGCUGCGGCGCCAUCUCCAAUUUGUGGAGGAGGAAGCAGACCUCUUGAGGAGAUCCAUUUCAGAGAUAGAGGAUCACAAUAAGCAACUUACAACAGAGCUAAAUAGAUUCAAGUUUGGACCAGUUCAGGACCUUGUUUGGAUUGAUGACAAUUCCUCCAAAUGCAAUGGUUCUACACAGGAGGAGCUAAAGUCUGCAAGAAUCCAGAUAAGUGAUCUAAGUUCUAAGGUUAUGAAGCUUCAAUAUGAAAAUAGGGUUUUACUAUCAAAUGUCCAACGUUAUGAUCUUGUUUCACACUUGGGAAUGCGUACCGCAAGUCCACGGGAUAGUGAUGCAGAAAGUGAUGCAGGGAAAAAAGAAAGUGACAGUGAAGAUGGACGUCCUGUUCAACCAAAGAGGGAAGGGCCUAUUGGCGGGGAGAGUGACUCUGAAGAUGCCUACGAGAAAACUUCUGGCUUUGAAAGUGGAAAACCAUCAGACGUUGGUGACUUGUACUGUAUGGAACUGGCUAAAAAGCGAGAGGAUACACAAUAUUACAUGAGCAUAAAACUUGAGGCCGAUCGACUGGGGAAAACUGUAGACCGUCUUAUUUCAGACACAGAUAGCCUAAUCUAUGAUGCCAAGUUGCAGAUGACCGGUGGAUCUGUGGAGGAGAUGAAGAAGAGCUGUCAAGAGAGAGAAGAUACUACUGGGUCAGAUGUUUUAAACAGCAUCAAUAAUAAAAUGAAAGUGUUCAGGAAGGAACUCAAUAGUUUUUUAGACACGAUUGAGAACUCAGGUGAAGGUCUAAAAGAGCAUGUAGAAGACCUCUCCCCAAUGCCACAUCUCACUGAAUCAUCAAGUUAUUUGUCCAACUUGACUUCAGCAUCUCGAGAUUCUCCAGUUGGAAAUCUUGGAAAGGAUCUGCUAACUGACUUUCAGCAGCCCAAGCUGAGGGAGCACAUGGAUUGGCAACUCCAUCAUGAGCUUGACGAAGAUACCCACCGUCUCCAUGUUAAUCUUGAGUCACAUCGCAGAGCAGAUGGAGACAGUAAACACUGCAGGCCAGGAGACAAGGGCUGUUUCAGUCCAGAGCUCAGCAAUCAUCUGUCACCUGAAAAGAAUUCAACUUUACGUGAACUACAGGCUAUUCUUGACCAGGAAAGGAGACUUCACCAAGAGGAGCAUGACAAAGGGACAGACAGGCUAAUUCAGCUAGAGGAAGAACAUCUACAGAACAUUCGAAGGAAGGACUUAGAGGUGCAGAGCCUCACGCUGCAGAAUAAGUUGGAGGAAAAAACAUGGGGUCAGGAAAAGGGCUUUCUCCAGCAAGAGCUGAGGAACUUCAAGAAAAAUGUCUUUGUUCUCUAUGUCAAGUUAAAGUGGCUGCUGGCACAUUGGCAACAAUGCAGAAGAGUGGAAGAGGAGGAAGUCAGCGAUGAGUUACUACAGAUUGACCAGCUAAACGUCCUUCCUGAAUUUGCUGCACACUUUGACUUCAGAGAAGGUGAUCCUGACUUGGAAGAAGUGGAGGAGGAGGAUGAUGAUGGAGUCUUCGCCUUAACAGAUUAUCCCCAACAUUCCACAGCAGAGCACAGCCAAGACCUCAGCCCUCAGCUACAGACAGCCGAGAUCCUCCAGCAUCAGAAGCAGGCGAGUGAAAAUCGUCGCCUCCUUGCUGCAUUUAAGGGCUUAUUGGAUGAUUUCCGCUCUGAACUCCGGGAUGAAGCAGAAGACAGACAUGAAGUCAAACAACAGUUUGCUGAGGACAAAGCUGCUUGGGAAGUGGAGAGAACAGAACUUAGAUGUCAUCUGGAGCAGUUUGAAACAAGAAAGCCUGGAGAUUUCAGCCCCACUGAGAAUACAUCCUUUAAUCAUGAACGCGAUGAGUAUAAGAAACUGCUCGCUGAGAGCCACAGGUUGGUGAUGGACCUCCGUAGACAUGUCCAACAGGGUGAUAAGAACUGGAACCGGGAGAGAGCAGAGCUUCUGGAUCGAGUUGACAGAGAAAGGCACAAUUGGGAGAAACAACGAAAAGAACUCCUGAGAAGAAUAGAACAGCUCCAAAAAGAAUCGAGUCCUCGAAAAGCAGAUCUUUUCCUUGCUGACCAAAACGAUGAUGGUGCCACUCAUUAUUUAUCCACGGCCUCAUUGCCUGGGUCCCAGUCACGUGCAGCCAGGUCAUUUUCUGAUUCUGAUGAAAUGCCAUUUGAAGAACACUUACUUCCCAAGUUAAAAGGGACUGACCGAUGCUCUGGCUCUGAGAACCUCUUCCUUGAUGCACUUUCUCUGGAUUCUGCUGAUGAGGCCGAUUUGCCUCAGCCCCGCAAACUGGAGCGUGAUAAGUUCUCCACUGAGGAAGAUAUACAAAAAGGAGGAUUACAGAGGGUCAUGUCUGUUUCUUCUAUGUCUGAAUUUCAUCGAUUAAUGGAGAGCUCACCUUUCCUUCCUGACAAGAGUUUAGAUCUUUCUGGUGACAAGGAUGAAUUAACUCCUCCCUUGUCCCCUGAUGAUCUGAAGUACAUUGAAGAGUUUAACAAGAAUUGGGAUUAUAGUAGUGUGGGUCAUGGUGAUAAAAUCAUAAGGGUAGGUGGGGAAAGAGCAGGGAAUGGGAAAGUGGAGUCAAAGUCAUCUUCGGAUACAUUCCAAUCUUCUUCAUGGUUCUUUACUACUAGUGUUACAAUGACAACAAAUACUAUGACCAGUCCUGAACACUGCCUGAAGCAGUCUCCUCGAAGCCACCUCGUUGCUGAAAGAAUGGGGGUUAGGGUCUUCCACAGUCCACCUGCGGUUCGUAGGUUUGAUAAAUCUGUUGUUAAUGGCAAUGAAGCGGUAAAACAUAUAGAAUCAGAUUUACUUUUUUCUACAAGUAAAGCAAAUGGAAAUGUUUCUGAAGCAAAAAAUGGCACCACUGAGGUGUUUGGGAGAUGGCCAUGUGAUCUUAAUAAUCAGCAUAAAGACUUUUUAGAAAGUGGUUUACAUCCAAUGGAUCGACCUGUUUGCACUACUGUUGGUUUUGCGUCUUCGCUGCACAAUAUAGAGUUGUCUAGAAACAUGAGUGACGACAUGAAAGAAGUUGCCAAUUCUGUUAGAAAUGCUAUCCGAACAAACCCUGUAGAUUCUCAGUUCAGAGACAUUGCUUGUCAGACCAAUGGUUUAAAGAGUACAGGAACGCAAACCACACAAACCAUUAAUGUUAGCUUGCAAACUGAAGCUUUUCGAAGCAUUACCAGCAGUCCACAUAAGUGUCUAACUCCAAAGGGAGGCUCUACUCCAAUUUCAUCACCUUCUCGUAGUUUGAGGAACAAGCAAGUUGCUCCAGCUAUUGAAAAGGUGCAGGCAAAGUUUGAGCGUAGUUGUUGUUCCCCAAAAUAUGGUUCGCCAAAACUGCAGAAGAAACCUCUACCCAAAGGGGAUCAGCCCCCUAAUCGUGUCAAUUCAGGUACACCACAGAAAGGGUUCAAUGAGUCUGCCUGGGCCAGAUCAACAACAACAAGAGAGAGCCCAGUUCAUACAACUAUCAAUGAUGGUCUUUCAAGUCUAUUCAAUAUUAUCGACCACAGCCCAAUCACUUGUGACCAUUCGCAAAAAACAUCAAGGCCAAGUAGCAGAUCUCGGUCAGCAGAAGCUAGAUCAGAGUUUGGGACAAUGCCUGAUGUAUGCAUUGAUGGGAGGGGGAGGUCGCCAAGCCCUAUUCGCAUAAUUAUAGACCUCCAAGGGGAUCAGUACAUCGAUAGCAGCUGUGGCAGACAAGACCUCUCUACUCCUCCAGGUUACUCUUUGACAGAAAAUGCUGCCAGAAUGCUUAGCAAGAAAAUCUUAGAAGAUCAAAAGCAACCUCCAGAUAGUCCAACCAAAGGCUACAGAAACAGCACUUCUGCAGAACUGUUAAAUAUUGAGCAAGCAUCAAUUGAGGAACUGCCUUGUGCUGCGUUAGCUCCAUCCUUAGAAUCUAGCUUCUCCAGACCAGAGAGACCAGCGAACCGACGCCUGCCUUCCAGAUGGGCUUCUCAUUCCCCGACUGCCUCCCGAGCUCCCUCUAGUAACAAUCUACACGAGGAGCAGGGAAACCAGGAAACCUGAGCAGAGGGAAAAUUGGACUGACACCAUCUUGCAUGAACUAUCAGUCAUACAACCCAAUAUGUGUUAAGCCAAGUUCACAUGGCUUAGUGUGUGCCAGUAGACAUAAGAAGAGGAAUGAUACAUGCAAUUGCUGAAUGUUUGCUCUGUAUUCAUGUGGUUGUGUUUCUAUUAUAGAACAUAUGAUGUGCCUUUAUGAGAUGAUCUUGAUGAAGUUCCCAUUGUUCCUUUGUCCUGCAACAUCACAUUAACAGCAGAAUUUGGGAAGCAGGGCAAAUAUUCUCUUUUUCUCAGUGCUGGCUGUCUUUAGGUUGAUUUCCCGUUUUAUUUUUGCACUGUCUACUUUGUUUUUAUAUGUUCCAUUGUUUUACUAUCUGUUGUAGCCCCUUGUUAUUAUUUAUACUGUGCAAUCAUAGGAAGAGGACUAUACUAAAUAUUAUAUGAAGCUGUAGAGACAGCAACAAAGCCAAUCAGUUAGCUGAAAUCUAAUGUAUUUUAGAAAUUGAGGAAAUAUUGGCAAAAAAAACUGUAUGCAAACCAAGAUGUAUCUCUAGAUAGCUGAAACAGGCACUUUAGUGCGUGUAUAUAACUUCUACCCUGACUGUAUCAUCCUUCAUAUGAAUGAAUCCGAGAUUUUCUGUAAUAUUGUUGUGAAUUUAUGUACUGUAAUUUUAUUGUUAGUUUUUCUUGCACUGAUGACACAGGAAAUGAAUUUUUAAAUCACUGUCCACCAGCUGUAUGUACAAAUCUCUGUGAAGUUUCAUAUAGAAAAGCUAAGGCGUAAUGAAAUAUAGCAGAUUGUACUGAGAGGUAUGUACUAAGCUGUGCUGAGAUGAAAAAUAAAAUAUUUAAC